AUGAUGAUCAUUACCAGCAAUGAAAAAAUUAUGGAACAAAUGCGUACGAACAAUAAUCCAUCAUCGCUUGAAACAUUUAUUUUUGAAUGCGACAGAAAUAAUAAUGGGCUGUCGCAUGACACUGAUCAAUCGACUUAUCAUAGAAAAGCAAAGCAUAUUCCUUUGCAGUGUGUUGUUUGCGGUUCAACCGCGAUAGGCCGUAAUUUUGGCGUCAUCUCAUGUGAAAGUUGCAAAAUAUUUUUUCGUCGUAAUGCACUCAAAAGUUUAGGAAUGUUUUACUGUCGUCACAACAAUACAUGUGAAAUAACACAAUUGACACGACGACGCUGUUCAUCAUGUCGUUUGGCUAAAUGCCUGGUUUAUGGAAUGAAACGAGAUCGACUUCUCAGAGCUGAAGAAAAAAUUGCAUGUCGUCAUAAAAUUCAACAAAACACAAGUUCUAUAGUACAAUCAAACCAUGACCAAACAGCCCAAUGGCGUCCAUCAAUAUAUACCAAUCAUCAAUACAAAUCCAGUGGUACUAAUAGAACAUCUACGCAAUGUCUACCACCACAUCCAUCAUUUUCAUCCAAUGGAAUAAUGCUAACUUCAGCAGAUUUACAACGUAUAGAAGAAAUUGAAAUUGCAUUUGAACAACGUAUUGAAAUCGCUGUUUAUGAUACUUCUCAAUUAAACUCACGUGUUGAUGUAACAACAUUUUCACACCAUUUAAAUUCUUAUUCAAUACCAGCCAUGCGUCUUUUGACAUUUUUCAAACAAAUUCCCGAAUUCAAUGAAUUACACGUUGAUGACAAACUCAUUUUAACUAAAUACAAUCUACUGUCAGUCUUCAUUCUUCAUAGUGCACUUUUAUUCGCCAUCGAUACUAAACAAAUUCGAGAGAGUGAGCACGAUGUACCUUGGAAUUUAUCUUUAUUACGAACAAUUCACGGAGAAGAAAUUUAUUCAGAAAUGAGAAAAAUCUUCAGUUCACUUGUACAUAUUAGACAAUACGAUUGUAAAAUAAUACAAUUGGUACUUAUCGUACUUUUUUUAACCAAAGGUAUUUCAACAGAUGAUGGCGUACGCGAAUCGAUACUUCGAAAUCAUAUGGCUCUUUCUCGUGCACAAAAUUAUUACAUAGAAUUAUUAUGGAAAUAUAUGGUAACAAUGCAUGGACUUCAACGAGCUGUUCGGAUAUUUAAUGUUGUAGUUGCUCGAUUUUUAGCAUGGCAAAAAUUGAGAGACAAACUGCAAGAUAAUAUAAAACAUCAUUUAUCAAAAAUAGACCGAAACGAACUUUUACCGUUGAUGAAAUCAUUGUUACAUAUUUCUUGA